GAGGUCAGGUAGGAGGAGCGGCCGCAGCGGCCGAGGGACGCCGCCGAGCCGAGCCGCGCAGAAGGGAAGUUGAGACGCUGGGAACGCUGGUGCCCUGGACCCCCUGGGACCUGCAGCUCCCGGGAGGAUGGUGCGGAUCUUGGCCAAUGGGGAGAUCGUUCAGGAUGAUGACCCCCGAGUGCGGAGCACUGCCUCGCAGAGGGGGAGCACCGCGCGGCAGGGCUUUCUCAACAGGGGCCAUGGUGUCCCCCCUGGGGGUCCUGGUCCCCGCCAGCAGCAGGCGGGUGCCAGGCUGGGUGCCGCCCAGUCCCCAUUCACUGAUCUCAACCGGCAGCUGGUGAACAUGGGCUUCCCCCAGUGGCAUCUGGGGAACCACGCUGUGGAGCCCGUGACCUCUAUCUUGCUGCUCUUCCUGCUUAUGAUGCUGGGUGUUCGUGGCCUCCUGCUGGUGGGCCUCGUGUACCUAGUGUCCCACCUGAGCCAGCGGUGACGUCCAGGGCCGAUGGGGGCAGUGCCGAAAGGAACUUGCUGGGCCUUGGCGUGAGAGCCGGCACAUGGGGAGGGUGUCUGGCGGGCUUCGAAGGUGUGGUCAGUGAAGGGGUCCUGGGUGCGGGUCUCCCCAUUGUGCAAGCAUGGCGCAGAGGGAGGCUCUAGCUCAGCAUCCCCAGAAGAGGGGGUGGGCACUGUGGUUGUCUGGAGACAUCCUCAGGGGGUAUCGGGCCUCUUUUAAGAGGCACAAACCUGGAGUAAGAAAAAUUCUCCUUCCAGUUCUCUUUAAUCAUUUUGUGCUGAGAAGAGGAUCACCUUGGUGCCGAUGGGUUGUAAAUCCUCCGAACUGAAACUGACUCCGCCUUACCAGGGAGUGGGCCUGGGGCUUGGGGCAGAUGGGAGAAGUUUCCAGACUUUUAUAGCACCGUUUUGUUUUAAUGGUGUAUUUUUAUUGGCUACCUUUUAUUUAUGACAAAGGGUUCUUGUGUUCUAUUUAUUGUGGCAUUUUCAAUAAAUAGAUUUAAGUAAAAAUGA